AUGAAUCAUCUUCAGAUACUAGAUAGUCUGCUGAAGAAAAACUAUGACAGACGAGCAACGCCGACAAACCACCUGAAUAAUGCUACAACUGUUCAUUGCGAGUUAUACAUCCGGAGUUUUGGAUCCAUUAGCCCGGUUACCAUGGACUAUGAGGUAGACCUAUAUUUACGACAAAAAUGGCAAGAUGCGAGAUUACAACAUAAAGAUAUAACGGAAUCACUAGACCUAAAUGAUCCAAAUUUAGUCAAAGCUAUCUGGAAACCUGAAGUUUAUUUUCCAAAUGCAAAACAUGCAGAAUUUCAAUUUGUCACUGUGCCCAACGUGCUAAUACGCAUCAAACCUGAUGGAGAUAUACUUUAUAUGCUAAGAUUGAAGUUAACAUUUUCAUGUAUGAUGGACUUGUCUAAAUUUCCGUUGGAUAACCAAAUUUGCACGAUGGAAGUGGCCAGUUUUUCAAAAACUAUUGAAGAACUUCGAUUGGAAUGGAAAAAUACAGAUCCUGUACUAAUGGCCAAAGGAUUGAGAAUGCCACAAUUUGAAAUUGUAGAUAUCGUGCCUUCCGACUGUCAAGAAUCUUUUCAAAUAGGUAAUUACAGUUGUCUAGUGGCCCAGUUCUAUCUGAGCCGUAGCGUGGGCUUCCAUUUGGUUCAGAGUUACCUACCCACCAUGCUAAUCGUAGUAAUCUCCUGGGUGUCAUUUUGGAUGGACGUCGACUCGGUACCGGGUCGCACCACACUGGGAGUGACAACGCUGCUGGCUGUUGGUUCGCAAUCUUCAGGUAUCCAAAGCGGUCUACCACAAGUCAGCUACGUCAAGGCCAUAGAUGUGUGGAUGGGCACGUGUACAGCGUUCGUGUUUUGCGCAUUGCUAGAAUUCACGGUGGUUAAUUAUAUGUGGAGAAAACUGAGACCAGACAUAUUAAGAAAUAUAUUAACGGAACCGGUGAACGGUGGCACCGCAGGCCCAAAACCGUACGAUGAAAAUCUACCUUCAUCGCCGGUCAUACCAGUCAGCGUGGUUAAGAAAAUCUUACAACAAGAGUGUGCCUACUCUACGUCCGCAGAAACUAACACAGUGCUGGCAAGAAAAAUUGACGAAUACUCCAGACUACUAUUUCCGGUCGCGUUCAUAGCGUUCAACGCACUGUAUUGGCCGUAUUAUUUACAAAACUAAACCGCUCCCACACCGCCGCCGAUGCCACAUCAACACCGAAAAAACAGAACACGCGACCAGACUGCGUAUAUAAUGUGCCUACGUAUAUACCACUCCACAAAAUAUUUAUUCAUUACACUUGCAUAAUAACUAUAAUAAUCAUAAUAUUUUACAUAAUCAUAGCAGCUCUCCAUGUAUUUUCCCUCGACGAAAUCUUACCUAAAAAAAUAAUUAAAUAGGCCACGCUACUUCAAGUAUAGCUCAAUGGAGGUACUUACAAACAGCGGAAUUUCGAUAUAUCUUGCUACGGUAUAAUGUGUCUACCAAGCUAUAUUAAAUAAUAUACCAUGAUAUAAUAUACCACGUGGUACAAUAUCGUCAAACGCGUCAUGUAGAAGGCGUCGUCGUUAAGUGAUUUGGAAUCUUGCCCUACUCGUACGUUUUUGUUUUUUUUUCUUUUUUUAUUUUAAACGUUCAAUAUUUUUUUUGUCUUGAUAAAUACAACAGAUAUUUGCCGAAACCCCUUCGUUACACUUAUUAUCACCUUAAUUCACUCAAUAAAUCGCGUGGUUCUUGCCCUAUAGAUAUAUAUUACUAAAUUUAUACAUCCACAAACCGCGAAAUCUACAAUUAUACAACGCAGUUUAUUAGCUCUUAUAACACGUAUUUUAUUCAAACCAUGAUUUUUUUAAUUUAGUUAUAUAAUAAAGACAAUAUUUACAAAUAUUCAGAUUUUGAGGAGAAUUGUGAAUAAAAACUAUUUUUUCAAAUUUAAACUUACCUUUUUAAUGUAAAUAGUUAAACAGGUGAUUUCUUAUGUCAUAAUAUUCGUAUUUAGACGAAAUUAAAACUAGGUUAUAGUGUUCCAUUAUUCAACUUAUUACAUAAACUAAGAAUUAUAUACCUAUAAAUAGGUGCAUGAUUAUAGGUUUGGAAG